UCUGUCGAUCGCUCUCGAUCAAAAAAGAUAUGUGGCCACUUAUUAUACGGAUUAGUAUCUUUCUUAUCAAGGCAAUGCGCGUGUAAAAAAAAUAAGCGACAAGCUGACCCGCUAACACCACAGUCUCGAGCUUUGGUCUCUGGUGGCGAUAAACACACGUCAUGCAGUAGCUUCAGUGGCAUGGUCGAGUUCGCUGCCAUCGAACGCGAAAUCACCGAUGACAAGCUCGGAGAGCUCGCGGUUGUCAUCCAGAAUUUAAGAUAAAAAAGCGCUGUUGCUACCGCCGACUAAGAAUAGAGAGCCCAACAGUCCAAGCAAUGUGUCUUGAAUUUUAAAACAUCGUUUAACAACUAGAGACGACGAACACUCUACGUUCUCCACAAUAUUGUUCAUCUUACAGCCCCGAUCUCGAUACAUCGGAAAAAAUGGCAAACGAAAAGGAGCAGACGGCCGGAAAAAUCGAGCUCAAGAGAGAAUUAGGACUUUUCAGUGCGGUCAGCAUUAUUCUGUCAGUGAUGAUCGGUUCCGGCAUUUUUGUAUCGCCCACCAGCGCACUUGAGCGGUCAGGAUCUGUGGGAUUUUGUCUAAUCGUUUGGAUCAGCUGCGGCGUACUAUCUUUGUUGGGUGCAUUGGCCUUUGCCGAGUUAAGCACCGUGGUACCGCGUUCCGGUGCCGAAUAUGCAUACUUCAUUGAAGCUUUCGGACCGUUACACCCUUACGCCGGUCAAAUACCGGCGUUCAUUUGUUCCUGGAUUUACGUGAUACUGCUACGACCAGCGGAGGUAGCGGUGAUCAUAUUGACUUUCGCAGAGUACAGCGUGCAACCGUUCUCUGGAUACCUCAGCAAUUUACCCGGUGACUCUAUGGCGACUUUGAAGAAACUUCUGGCGAUUAUGGCGCUUGCUGUGAUAACGUACAUCAAUCUCAUCAGCGUGAAGCUUUAUAUAAGGGUGCAAAACGUGUUCACUGUAUGUAAAAUACUCGCCUGUAUCGUGGUGAUCGGCGGUGGUAUAUGGUGGCUAAGUAGCGGUCAUGUGGAACUUCUUAAAGAUCCCUUUCGUGGCACAACCACGUCAGCCGGUAACAUUGCUCUGGCUUUCUAUAGCGGUCUCUGGGCGUACGACGGCUGGACCUCGGCCGCGAUUGUCACCGAAGAGAUUCAGAAACCCGAGAUCAAUAUCCUUAGGAGUACUCUCAUCGCGGUACCUGUUAUUACCAUUCUAUAUGUAUUCAUGAACUUGAUGUACAUGGCAGCGUUGACGACAUCAGAUAUGGUCAGCGCGCCGGCGGUAGCAGUUCUUUGGGCAGAUCGAGUUCUACCAUCCUGGAUGAGUUUCGCAAUACCGCUCGGCGUAGCGUUGUCGACCUUCGGAUGCGCCCUUAGCGUGCAAUUCAGCGUGUCUAGAUUAUGCUUCGUUGCAGGCAGAGAAGGCCACGUGCCACGCGUCUUCAGUUAUAUGCAUAUCGAGAAGAUGACACCAGUUCCUGCAGUAAUUUUUCAGGGCAUACUCUCAUUAAUGUGCCUGCUAUUGGGUGACAUAAUCGCUCUAAUCGAAUUCGCCAGUUUCCUCAUGUGGGUGUUUUACGGAUUAGCGAUGAUAUCGCUUAUAAUCAUGCGACGGACAAAACCAAACGCUCCCAGACCGUACGCCGUGCCUAUCGUGAUACCUUGGCUAGUGUUAGGUAUCUCUAUUUUCCUUGCAGUGCUACCGAUAAUUUAUGACCCAUCGACGAAAUAUCUUUUCGCGCUGGUGUUUAUUCUAUGCGGUAUUGUUGUGUACCAUAUUUAUGUAUACAAGAAGAUAAAAAGUACUUUAUUAGCUAAACUAACAUACUUCAUACAAGCAUUGUGCCUGGUUGUUGCACCAGACAAACAGGAAGACGAAGGAUGGAAUAUUUCUUAAAUCUAUCAUUGGUGUAUAUAAGUACAUAAAAUAUUUGCUCACAUUCAUUCUUCGUGUCAUAUGUGCAUUUCGUAAUUCGCAAAAAUAGCGCUAUUAUGUGCAUUAUACUUUUAUAAACUUUUUUUAUUAUCUAACAAUAUGAGAAUUGAUACUUCAGUAAAAUAGUUUUUGUGCAGUAAGCAUAAAUAGAAUCAAUGUGCCUUACAUUGUACAAUGCAAAAAAGGUUUUAAUUUAAGUUUUUCUCUCUCUUUUUUUAUACUUUAAGAGAGUGUAAAUUAAAAUAUUUUUUAUAGAAAAUAUAAAUGUAUAUAUAAUAUAAUGAGAAACAUAAAUAAUUAAAAAAGAUAAUAUUUUGUAUAUUUGUGCGAUAUUUUACC